AUGGGAGGCGACCCAUGGUCCACCGGGUGGGCACACCAGAGUCUGAUCCUGCGAUUGAAACCCCCGCCCCGCGUAAGGGAUCUCCCCAAGAGGAAGCAAGCGAUCCACAGCAAAGGACAGACUCCUCCAGCCCCACCCCCACACGAGGUGGAGUCGGUGUCCCCCUCCCUACUCCGAAGUAAGUGCAAGCACUCUUCACCGGGGGAAGAGGGCGGACAGCCGAAUGUGGAGCCCUGCCACGGACUAGCCAACAGCACCGAAGGCUACAUGACUAGUAGCGCAUCUGCACGAGCGGCACCGCACCGGGUGUUAAAAACUGUAGACCGUAUGGGUCGUGGGGGAAAGUGGCACCGCAGGGGCGUAGGGUCCCGUUUUUUCUUCUCGCAUUGCGGUGUCAAGCCCUCCCCUCCAUGUGCGCCGCGUUUCUGCAACUGUAGGACCCCCACUGGGCCCGCCGGCGCCACCGGUGCUCGCUAUCGGUUGCUUGGUGUGUAUGUGUCCUUUCCCAGUCUUCGCACUUUGGGGUGUUCACGUAUGGUUCUGGCGGUGCCGGCUCCGCCGUGGCGGGAACGAUCCGCUAGGCGGGCAACGGCGUUGUUGCAGUUUUGCUACUUGGGUGAUGGCGGACCGUCUGUUUGUGUAUGA